GAAUGUCAGCCCGUAGGGGUGGCAAACCCUAACAGAAUUCUAAAUAAUCAAAUGACGGCUAGCAGCUACCAUGGUUCAAGCUAUUAUCCAUACUACGGUCGACUUAAUGAAAAACGAGGCGCAGGAGCAUGGUGCCCAAAGACUCCUUGGAUUCCCAGAACAGAUUAUCUUCAAGUUGACCUGGGUACUGAACAUUUUGUUUGUGCAGUAGCAACACAAGGAUCAUCACGCUAUAAUGAGUGGCUAACAAGCUACAUUUUGCUAAUGUCUAAAGAUCAAGUAACUUGGGGCACCUACAAAGAAAACAAUACCGAGAAGGUGAGAUGAUAGAAUAGCCACGAAAUACAAUACAGUGGAAACUUUCUACAAUGGCCCCCUUAUUGGGUGGCCGUUACGGAGUAGUAGGAGUAUUAAAUGUGCUCGUUUGAGUUUUUCUAGGGCAGAUUAAAAUGUUUACUAUAAAUACGCAACACAAUGAAAUGUGUCAAUAAAACAGAACCAAAUGAAGUACAAUCCGUUUGUACAUCAUUUUCUUUUAAACGUUUAGGGUAAGUUAUCUUCAAUUGCCAGUCUGGGAUGCGUCCUUGUAGGGGCUGCUGUCGUUGAGGAGAGGAGGCUGUUGCUGCAGAGAGAGGAUAAAACGAAAGUAAAUGUAGGGAAUGUCCAUCGCUGGGGACAGAAAAGUCCUCAGGUAAAAUAAGGAGUGUGUCACGCAUUAUUCUGUUAAAUAAAUGAAGGGGGUGCUCUAUCUCCGAAAGAAAGACAACGAACGAUUAACAUUAAAGUUGGCUGAGACUUUUAACUGGUUGAGUAAGCUUUAUUCACAAUACUCUUUCUAUAAUAUAUAGAUUUAGCCACGGCUAAAAGCGAAGCUCCCAUUGAAAAGUUAAGUGAAUUUGGAGUGAAACAAAUCUUGUAUCGAGUUGAUAUAGCCUUAUAUGUACACCCAAAAAGGUGUACGGUCAAAUUUAAGAGCAAUAAUGGCUCUUGAUCACAGUAGAUAAGGCGUGGAAAACAAAUCAGGCCGACUUUUUUGCGAUCGACAAGUUUACAAAUUCUUGGCAAUAAAUCUGGGUGCGUGCAAACCAAUGUUUUAUUUUUUCUUAAUACAUCACAUCUGAGGAGAAAGAGUACUAUUAGGCGCUGUUUUUAUCAUACAGACCUCGUACAAAAUGCAGUAUUUCACAAUUUUUCAAGACAAAUACACCGUAUUCACAAAUGGCGGACACGCGGGAAAAAACUGGUGCCUAGUCAUGAAAGCGAGGCGUUGGAGGAUAAACAAAAAUUGCAAAUGAAGACUUUCAGUGAACUUGCAGAGUGUUUAGCAUGGAUUUCACCUAAAAUAACUUUGUAUGGACCUCUUUUUAAAUACAGUUACGUUGGACGUCUUCUGCUUUUAAUGUUUAGUAUUGAUUUGCUGUUUGCAAUCAAAAGGGACGCGUAUAUCUUCAAGGAAACAGGAUGAUUUUGUAGGUUUCCGAAGCCUCAGAAGCUCGACAAGUGGGCGAUGGCUGGAGAAAAGCGGCAAACAUGUUGGCCUAAACCUCACACUGAACCCGAAUAUUAAAGCCAUCUCCCUGCAAUUCGGUAAAACAGAAAUAAAAAGAGAUAUUGGUGGCAAGAAAAAAAGAAAUAAGCGACGGAUAUAUGGCCUACUUGUCAACGGAAGAGACCUCCGCCAUUACUCAAAACAGGUCAAGGCAAGAGCGGGUGAAAGAUUUAUUCACGAGACUCAUUCAUUCAUGUCAGUGUCAUUUUAUACAUAUCUAUGUAUGUCUGUAUUUACAACUUCCUUUGGAUGAUAUUAAUUCCGUCGCUUUGGAGUGAAUUGUUAGAGGUACGUUGGUAGAGCUUAGCAAAAAUCUUUUGAUUUCUUUAUCAUUGCGGAAUAAAAUAAUUUUAUCAAAAUUAGAAGCUGUAGUGUGUGAAUCUUAUGGCUUGCUAUUUGUCUGGUCUCCUUUAGGGCAUUAUCUCGGAGAGCUCUUGGUAAAAAAGUGAUAUAAAGCUUACAUUUUACUAGGUUAAACGUUUCAGGCAAUGUUUGUGUCAGGACUGAACACGGCAAGCUUCUGUUUCGAAUCAUUAAAUUCGAGUCUGGAUCCGUUUAAAAAGACCGUCAUUUUAUUUAUUUAUGUAUUCUUCACUUUUAAAAUAUUAUGGAACAUAAAGUUAAAACUCUUAACAGCCAAAGAUAAGAAAUACGAAAAUUACUCGCUGAAAUAAUAUGUGGCCGGCUUACCGAGUCUGCCGAGUAACAUGUUGAAAUUUUGAGCGUACUCCACUCGACCGCUCCUGCAUUUUUAAUUUAUACUAAAAAAAUAGAUCUAAUUGAUGUCCUUCAUCGAUAAAGACCAGAGAAUAACGUCCUGGCAAACCAAAACCAAGCAUAACUGCAUCGAAACCUCAGUCAGCACUUCUUUCCUUUCUUCCUUUUUUCCAUCUCCACUUGAACUGUUUUGUUUAAUAGCAGACGUCUCUUGCGUUAACAAGUAGGCCAUAUAUCCGUCGCUUAUUUCUUUCUUUUGUUGCCACCAAGAUUUGCAUUGUUUAUAUUUGUGUUUUCCCGAAUUGCAGGGAGCUGGCUUUCGUAUUCGGGUUCAGUGUGAAGUGUGGGCCAACAUGUUUGCCGUUUUUCUCCAGCCAUCGCCCACUUGUCGAGCUUCUGAGGCUUCGGAAACCUACAAAAUCAUCCUGUUUCCUUGAAGAUAUACGCGUCCCUUUUGAUUGCAAACAGCAAAUCAAUACUAAACAUUAAAAGCAGAAGACGUCUCACGUAAUUGUAUCGAAAAAGAAGUCCAUACAAAGUUAUUUUAGGUGGAAUCCGUGCUAAACACUCUGCAAGUUCACUGAAAGUCUUCAUUUGCAAUUUUUGUUUAUCCUCCAACGCCUCGCUUUCAUGACUAGGCACCAGUUUUUUCCCGCGUGUCCGCCAUUUGUGAAUACGGCGUAUUGCAUUCAUUCAAUAUUCAGGAUUAUCGAAGCACGCGUGGACUUUUAAUUAGUGAAACCGUUCAAAAAAUUUGCAAAAUCACCUAUACGGCCAGCCGGUUCUAACUUUUGACAAGCGCCAAAUUUGCGAAGAAAUUUUAAAAGAGUUACGCUUCAACGUGAUAAAGAAUUUAUUGAGUCUACUUUUUAUUCAUGGUUUUAUAACGAUGUGUAAAAAAGCGUUUGAUACGCUCGGCAUUUUGAGUACUCCUGCACGUGAUGUUUAUGAACGGCUGAAAACAAACGGCAAAGCGAUGAAAAUUACACUUUUGAGACUACCAACAAUCAAUAAAGAAAUAUAAUUCAAUCGGAACAUUUACAGAGACAACAAUUUUCAUUCACGAAAACAAAUGAGUAUUUAAGUGUUUCUAAGAAUCCUCAAGUCUUUACUAGUAAGCUUAAAGAUUAAGUUUAUGUUUUAAGCCGCCGGUUUCCCAGACCUGUUUGCUGUUUUCAAACAUGAACUCAGGACAAGAAAAUCGCUCAAAGCUUUCUUUCUACUGCCAAAAUUAUAACUAAAUAUUCUUCGCGAAGUCUUUUCUUUCUAUUUACGGUGAAUUAAUAUCGACUAAAGGCUUUUUAAAGUUCUGUAAGCUUAAGCUUAUAUCAGUCAAAUCUUAAUACAAACGUGCAUAAACUAGCUUCAUAAACUGCGCCGCUGGACUUCAUGAAAUUAGAUAUAAAUACAAUAAUUACUCAGGCUUACCAUAUUUCGAGAUGCAGCUCCUGAAAGCUAUCAAGUAAGGCAAGGAUCGCUUGAGCCUUUAUAAUUCUCGCACGCAUCCAGCAAGGUGAAAAACAAAAACGAUGCCAUCCGAAAUGGGAUUAUCGGCUUUGACAAGCGACACAUUUCCCAACCAAAAGCCCAAUUAACAAACCAGCCAUGAAUAAGAGAACACUCUUGAUAGCGGCUGUAUUUCAUUUUGUACAACCAGUGGAAAAAGACAGUUAAAAACAGCACAAGUUGACUCAAAACUCUGUCAGCUUCAGCUGUCAAAGUAAACAACUUUCAAGACGCUACAUAAAUUUUACGCAUGAACUCACCUGUCAAAUUUUAACCAAUCAGAGCAUAAACAUUAAACGUGGAGCGUGACCAACACGUGACCAUGGUAAGAAAAGGUCUUCCCCGCCUGUAUUUUAAAAAAACUGGCUGAAUUUUUGCGUCUGAGGUCAGUUUGAAAUCAAAAUCGUAAUAGUGCGGGGCGAUACUGACAUAAACACAACAUAUUUGAUAUGAAUUUAAAAACAAGUAAACGUGAGCCUGCAAUCAUUUGAAAAGGAAUAAAUUGUCAGCGGAUAACUUCAAAAAAUACUCGACCUCGAUGGGUCGACACCUGAGCCCGCGAUAGGGUCAGAUGAUACUGGUCAGCGGAUACCCUGUUUCGACAGCUGUCAAUUGAUAGCGGAGCUCCACGCGCGCGAAGCGCGCGCGUGGACGGAGCCCCAUAGCUAAGGAAAUGUGGUAAUCUACCCACCCGAGAAAAUUUGGUAAUCACGUGACCUUACGACCGUCCGUCCGCACCACAGGCACACCAAUGUUUACUCCCACACUUUCUAGCUAGUUUGGGAGCCCAAUAGAAAACUAAUUGCACAUCAGUGUUGUGAUCAAUUGACAGCUGUCAAAACAGGAUAUCCGUUGACCAGUAUCACCUGACCGUACCGCGGGCUCAAGUGACGACCCAUCGAGGUCGAGUACUUUUUUGACGUUAUCCGCUGACAAAUUACCAGUUUCAAAUGAUCGCAGGCUCAAGUCUAUUUUUUUCAAUGAUUCAUAUGAAAUAUGUUGUGUUUAUGUCACUAUGGCCCCGCACUGUCAAGAUUUUGAUUUCAAACUCACCUCGGACACGAAAAUUCAGCCACUUUUUGAAAAAUAAAGGCGGGGAAGACCUUUUCUUACCAUGGUCACGCGUUGGCCACGCCCUACGUCCAAUUUUUGUACUCUGAUUGGUCAAAAUUUGACAGGUGAGUUCAUGCAGAAAAAAAAUGCAGCAUCUUGAAAGUUGUUUACUUUGACAGCUAAAGCUGACAGAAAUUUGUGUCAACUUGUGAUGUUUUUAUUUGUCUUUUUCCACUGGAUGUACAAAAUGAAAUACAGCUGCUAUCAAGAGUCUUCUGUUAUCCAUGACUGGUUUGUUUAUUGGUUUUUGGUUGGGAAAUGCGUCGCUUGUCAAAAUUGGGUAAUCCGUUUUCGGAUGGCAUCGUUUCCGUCUUUCACCUUGCUCAAUGCGUAAGAGGGUUUAAAAGUCUCAAGCAACUAUGGCCUUCCUUGAUAUCCUUUAGGAACUGAAUCUCGAAUGGUAAGCCUGAGUAAUUAUUGUAUUUGAUGUUUGUUUUUGUUAUAUCUAAUUUCAUGAAGUCGAGCACAGUUUAUGCGGCAAGUUUUUGCACGUUUGUUAAGAUUUGAGUCAAUGAUCUGAUCUAGUAUCAGGUUUUAUAUAAGCUUACAGAACUAUAAAAGGCCUUCAGAUAUAUUUUCUCACGGCAAAUAGAAAAAAAAAACGUUCCGAAGAAUAUUUAGUUAUCAAUUUGGCUGUAGAAAGAAAACUUUGAGUGAUUUUCUUGCUUCGAGGAGUUCAUUUUUGAAAAAAAAAAACAAACACAGGCAGGCCGGCUGAAGGUAAAACAAAAUAAAUUUAAGCUUAAGCUUUAAGCUUUAAGCUUAAAGACUCAGGAUUUUUAGAGACACUUUAAUACUUGUCUUCGUGAAUGAAAAUUGUUGUCUCUGUAAAUGUUUUACCGAAUUAUAUUUCUUUUAUUGAUUGUUAGUAGUCUUUCUUGCAAUUUUAAUCGCUUGUCCGUGGUGUUUGUUUUCAUCGUUCAUGAACAUCGCUUGCAGGAGUACUUAGAAAUGUCGCCCGUAUCAAACGCUUUAUAAGAUUACACAUCGUUAUAACUGGAACCAUUAAAUAACAAAAAAUAAUGAUAAUAAAUUCGUUAUUAUGUUGAAGCGUAUCUCCAUUAAAGUUCAUUCAAACACUCGACCACAAUGACAGCUCGCACUAAAAAUGAGAACCGUCUGGCCGUAUGGGUGAUUUUGGAAAUUUUUUGAACGGUUUCGCAAAAAGCCCACGAUUGAUCGUCCUGAACAUUGAAAAAUUGUGGAAUGCCGUAUUCUGUCCGAGGUCUGUAUGAUAAAAAGUACUGUUUCACCUCAGAUGUGAUGUAUAAAAAGUAUAAAAGGUUGGUUUACACACCCUCAGAUUUGUUGGCAAGAAUUUGUAAAGUAAACCUGUCGAACGCCAAAAAAUGCGGCCUGAUUUGUUUUCCAAGAAUUUGUUUUCGAGGCCUAAUCUACUGUGAUCAAGAGCCCAUUAUGGCUCUUGAAUGUGAUAGAAGAUGUUUGCUAUUUUUUGGGUGUACAUAUAUUUAGUGCAACUCGAUGUAAGAUGUUUCACUCUAAAAUAACUUAUCCUUUCCCUCAAAAGUCACAUGAAUGUGCCCUUAAGUUAACUGAUUUGUGGAUUACAAGUUUAUUAGUUGAUUUAAAAUAUAAAUUUAUUAAUGGGAGCUUCGCUUUUACCCCUGGCUAAAUCUAUAUAUUAACAACAUUGAUGUGCAAUCAGCUUUCUCCUGGGCUCCCAAAAUAGCAACAGUAACAUUGGUAUGCCUGUGGUGCGCAAGGACGGUCGGUCGGUCGCUCGGUCGCUCGGUCACGUGAUUACCAAAUUUUCUGGGAUGGGUAGAUUACCUUAGCUAUGGGGCUCCACCCACGCGCCCGCGCGAAGCGCGCGUGGAGCUCCGCUAUUAACCACUCGCGUGACCAUUUAUGCUUCAACUUCCGGUUUGUUCCUCAAGGGCUUCAGCACAUAAGCAAAUGAAAUUAUCGUUACUGAAAGGUUUUGCCAGUUUUGUUUCUAGCAUGCAGACACGUAUUCCAAUUGGUCCUGUACAUGAAACCAUUCAAACUUUAUGUUGUAAGUCAAGUUGUGUUAAGGUAGCAAACGCUAACCUAAAGGAAACUAAUAGUAAACUGCCGUCAGUACGGUAUAUGAAAAUUUGAUAUCAUUUUAAACACGGCUGGUGACUUAUUUGCGUGGCAACAUCGACAAAAUGAUUCAUCGAUUCAUCGUGACAAGUGUAAACCCUUGGCAACGUUUCGAGUCAUUAAAAAGGUAGACCAUCUCCUUUCCUUUUAUAUAUUAACCUUCAUUGAUUGAUCCACGCCAUUAUACACCUAUGUGGCUGGGGUAAAAAAGUGACCGUUAGUAUUGUUUCGUGUGAAUUUAUUGUCCAAAGAAAAGUGUUUUAUUACUCCAUACUUUCAGAUAUGGCAAUUAUCGAAAAAUUAUUCUCUCUCAGUAAUAUCUUUGAACAUUUGAACUUAACCAUUUCAUUUUUUUAUGCAGGUGUUCCAAGGAAACACAGAUAGUAAUACGACUGUGAAGCAUUCCCUUCUUACUGCCGUGAAAGCCCGAUUUGUUCGGUUUUAUUACCUCACUUAUAAUAGUUGGCCUUCCCUUAGAGUAGAAAUAUAUGUUUAA